AUGCCAAAAGUUCGAGCGAAACGGUACUGGACUGAGAUUCGACCUAUACGUCAUGAUUACGACGAUAUUGAAGAUCCAUUGGAAGAAGAAGCAUACUAUCGUCAACAAUCACGUCAGAUGAAAUUGCCUGAUUUGAAAAAUUUUGUUGUCACUUUUCAAAUUCAACAUCGAGAAAGAAGCGUGAAGCCAAAAUUGGACCAAAGCACUUCGAAAAAAUAA